AUUUAAAUGAAUAUUGUCACUGAAUGGAUUUGUCGCUGAAAAUCUACUAUCUAUUUGUCAUGUCAAAAUAUUUGGAAAGACCUGUCCUGUGUAGUUUUGUUUUUUAGUUUGAAAUGUACUUCGUUAUUUUUUGUAGCCGUUUUAGUAACAGUUUUGUAGAAUUAUGAGUUACAAUUGCUUGUAAUGGUGAAAAAAUACAUUUUCUAAUUAUGGCCGAGGUUGAUGAAACAUUUUACAAUAGUUUAGCGUGUUUCUAUUAUCACAAAAAUGAAAAUUCCUAUUACAAUGAUACGGCAUCUUUCAAUGGUGUGCUGAGAGCUACUAUUACCGAAAACAUAGAAGAGCUCGAUAGAUACAAAAAAAGGAAAGGAGGUCUCAAUAGCCAUGAUCAAUUUGGAAAUACUCCAUUACAUGUAGCCGCUAUUCGCAACAAAUUAAAAUCCGUAAUGUAUUUGAUUGAUCAACCUCAAGUUUCGGUACACGCUAAAAAUUCAUUGGGUCAAACUCCCAUUUUUCAUUCAGCACAAUCCGGAUAUGUGGAAAUAACCGCAUUUCUGAUUGCGAAAGGAGCCGAUGUUAACGCUCAGAAUUGCAUGAAAAACACUCCUCUACAUUUAUCGGUAUUACAUCCGCCGAUAAUGAGAUUGUUAAUCGAGAACGGCGCCGAUUUAAAUAUGUUGAAUUUACAUCACAACACCCCUAUUUACAACGCCGUUUCUUUAAAUUGUCUCGAAGUAGUGUGUAUGUUGUUGUAUUAUAAUUGCGACCCUACGGUUAAAAACAUCUACAAACGUACACCGUUGAUAAAAGCCAUCAUGUGCAAAAAUUCCGAAAUACAAGACGCGUUAUUCGAUUACACCGACGAUUUCAAUGAUAUCGGUUGCGAGGAGGAUUCCGUUCUAACGUUAGCUUUGACGUACAAAAGUCCUUAUUUAAAACAAAUUUUAUCCAAAGGUACGUCACCGACUAUCGACGAUGUAAUACAAUCUUUGUUCAGAAAUAAUCACAGGAUAUUCAAAAAACUAUGGAGAAUGUUACCGCGCAAGGAAUUGAAUACUCCAAGAAAGUUCGGUCAAUUCGCUGAUGAAGUGCGCAGACGAAACGUGAUGAAAUACAUCGAUAUCGUUUUAAAAUAUUCCGAUGAUUAUGUUUUCGAAAAAUUGGCUUAUUGUUUCGAUUCAUUCGUGAAUUUAAACUCCUUUCUAGACGUUACCGUCGACGAAAGCGGUUUAAAUCAGAUUACGAAAUUUGUUUGCGCGUUGUUGCAGUACGAUUGCAGAUUCUCUGCGCCAUUCAUUUACGAUCUUUACGUCUACUUCGGAUACUGUGAUUUAUUCAAGUAUUUCCUAUACAUAGAUCAAAUAGAUUAUCCCCCUAUUUAUUGUGUAGAAUGGAUUAUCCCUAAAUAUAUCUUCAAUAUUCGAAGUGACAUAAGAUACAUAUGUCUUUUAGUUAACAGUAAUUAUCGUCAAACGAUUAACGUAGAUGUUGUUUUGAAAACGUUGGAAUUCAGCGCGGAUAGUUGUUUGGUCGAUCUCGUCAGAAAAUAUAAACAUUGCGAAAGGUGUAUAAGGUUGAGUUAUAUGGUACCGACGGUACCUUCUCUAUUGGAAUUAGCCAGGGAAAAAACUAGACAGUAUAUAGUUGAUAAAUAUAAUUUUUUCACCCCAUCGCAAUUUUAUACCUUUAUUAAUGACUUGGACAUUAAUAAUGUUUAUAAAAAGAUAUUGAGGUGGGAACAACCCAUUUAUUUUUAUAAUAUUUGAUAAUACAAAAAUUUUCAUUUUUGUACGGACAAUCUGAUUUUUUUAUCAUAUAAACCAAUGUUUCCUAACGUUUUGUGGGCCUCACCAUACCUUAACUUUCUUAAAAUUCUUAUGUAAGAUACAUAAUUUUCAAUUGAAAAAAUUGGAUGGUUCACUUAAACCCUUAACAUCUGAUUUCGUUUUUUUAAAUGAAAAAGUUGUUUUUUUUUAAUUAUCACCGCUAGAAGAUUUGAAUUCCGUUUUUUUAUUAUAUAAACUAGUUUCUGAAACCGUUAAUGAUAUUACACCAACACUCACAAUUAUAUUUACUGACGCGCGUUUCAAUAACCAUUUCAUCUUUUUCAGAUGCUGAAGCUAAACUGUUUACCUAGUAUUUCGCUUUUUCUUAUUUGCAUUAAAUUCUCCAUUAGUUACUAAUAAUUUUUCAUCUAUUCCAGAUCUUUCCCAAAUGCUUCUGAUCAUUAUCUAUUUUUAUUGCUCAUUUUUGUAUUGCAUGCGUCUUAAUUUUUGUGCCAUUUUCAUUUAUGUUUUACCGCGUUAUCGUCUUCAGAGGCUGAAGGUAAACUGUUUACCCUUUACCUUUACAGAGAGUGUAAUUCUGAGUAUUGGUGUGGUUAUAGCGUGAACGUGUCCAGUAAGGCAACUUCAUACAUAUACUUCUCUUAACCACUUUAAUUUAACCUUUUCUUUCUUAGUUUAUCAAGGUGGACUCCAUUGAAGCGUCCUACUGUAUCUUAGAUUGUUUUCCAUAAUAAUUGUCCUAGUUUUCAACUAUAUAUCCCCCUUUAAGUUAUAUUUUAUUUCAUAACGCAUACUCUGUCUAUAUUCAGUUUUAUCUUUUUACUGUUCUUCGCUUUCCGCUAUUAUUAACUCCUUGUCUUCUCUUUUCGUCGUUGGUUUCUUCGUCAUACAUCAGUAUCGUCUCUAUCGUUGUUUUAUGAAUAUCUAUUUUGAUUCUUUUAUUUAGUAUUUCUCUUUCUCUUAUUUGCAUUUAAUUCUCCAUUAGUUACUUAUAUUUUUUCUACAAUUGCGGAUCUUUCCCUAUUGCUUUUGAUCAUUAUUUCUAAAUAAGCCUCCUAUGCAGUCGAAUCACUAUUUUUUUUUUGCUUCCUUUCUAAAUUUCUUGCGCCUUUUCAACUUAUUUCUUCUCUAUCUACACUGAAUACACUGUUUACACCAACACUCACAAUUGCACUGUCUAACGCGCGUUUCAAUAACCAAGUUAUCGUCUUCAGAAGGUAAACUGUUUACCUACAGAGAGUGUAAUUCUGAAUAUUGGUGUGGUUAUAGCGUGAACGUGUCCAGUAUGGCAUCAAGAGACAUAGUAAUUUUAGUAUAUGAAAAUAUUUUAAUGAUUCUGUAGUUUAUUCUUACUUUUUUUUUAAAUUUUGUGCUUUUGUUUAAAGAUUUUGAAAUUAAUCUUGUAAUUAGACUAGUGGAAAUUGACUCUGUUUUUGUACAAAGAAGAAUCUGACUGAAUAACCAUAGUCAAUACAAAAAACAAUGCACCUGCAUUAAAUUUUUUAUUAAAAUGUGUAAUAAGAA